AUGUCGAGACCCAACCCGCUCCUGCGCCUCUUCAGGCAGUACUCGACACAGACGUCUCCUGCCUCCGCCCGCACAUGCCGCGCCCCACCCCGUCCGCAAUGCCUGCGCGCCCGCCGCUCACCACCCAACGUCGUCUUCUUCGCCCAGCGCCGCUACGCACACGGGCCGGACGGGCUGGACCCGAACUUCGUCUCGAUCCUCGACCGGCCGGCCAAGAUGGCGCGCGUGGGCAAGCAGCACGGACCCGGACUGAUUAUCCUGGCCAUCAUCCCCAUCACGGCGUUUGUGCUGGGCUGCUGGCAGGUGCAGCGGCUGGGAUGGAAGACGGAGCUGGUGGCGCGGUUCGAAGACCGCUUGACGUUCCCGCCGCUGGAGCUGCCGCUGCGGAUCGACGAGAGUGCGGUGGAGAGCUUCGACUACAGGCGGGUGUACGCCAAGGGCGUGUUGCGGCAUGAUCAGGAAAUGCUGAUUGGGCCGCGCAUGCUGGACGGCGAGGAUGGCUAUACGGUCGUCACGCCGCUGGAGCGCACAGAUGAGCGGGGGAACAAGCACAAAGUGCUGUGUUGCCGCGGGUGGAUCAGGAAGGACGCGGCGAAGCAGUGGUUUAGGAAGAGUAAUGGCGCGCUGCCCGAGGGUGAGGUGGUCGUCGAGGGACUGCUGAGGAUCCCGCCAAAGGGGAAUCUGUUUACGCCCAAGAACGAACCUGAGGCGGGCAAGUGGUUCUUCCCCAGCGUCGACGAGAUGGCUGAGUGGAGUGGGAGCCAGAAGGUGUGGAUUGAGGAGACGAUGACGCCGGAUUUGCUCACCAAUUAUGAGCGCGAGCCCAAAGGAGUGCCCAUUGGGCGGGCGCCCACAGUCAACUUGAGGAACAACCACACACAGUACAUCUUCACAUGGUACGCACUGAGCUUUGCCACCUCCAUCAUGUUCUGGAUGGUGGUCAAGAAGCCGCUCUCCGGCACACAACGGCGGGUGCGCCACAGCUCGGAGUGGUCUUAA